AUGCAACUGCUGCAUCUCAUCUCCGUAUUCUCAGCCAUAGCCCUUGCUGUCAUAUCUGCCGACGUGGGGAACCCCUCACCCAACGACGGCUUCAAGUGUAAUAACGAAACCGCUAAUAAUCAACCUGCGACCGUGGCCUACUGCGGCAGUCCGGACAACGCUAAAAAUCCUACCUCAUUUACUAAAUUCUUCCCGGCAAAUGAGGUUGGACGCUCGCCAGUGGAUCAUUAUACAUGUGUGGCUGUAGGUCUCACCCUGUUCAAAUAUUGCUGUGCACCCGAUAAAUUGGGACAGACUUCCGGUAACCCACCAUCGCUCGAAAAAGUAAACCAGUAUUGCAAGAAGAUGUGA